UUGACCGAAAAGGAAUUGUGACGCAGCAAGUAACGUAUUUCACAAAUAGUCUUACGUUAUUUGUGCAAUUUCGGCUUGUCCAGGAUGAAUUUCGUGCGUGGAUCAUCGCUGGAAGUGCCGAAUAAUUAUUAAAUAUUAAAAUGACUUUUUCACCUUCUCGAGUGGACGGGGGAACAAUCUGGCUGCGUUCCAAAAUCUACUCAGUGGAUAGAGUACAUUUAAUUGACCAAUCAUGAUAAAGAAAUCCUAGUUAUCUUUGUUUUUAUUGGUCAAUUAAAUGCUAUUCUAUCCGUCGAGUAGAGUUUUGGAACGCAGCCUAGAUAUUGGGUGUAUCUGAGUGGGGAGUUGGAACACAGUUUUGAGAUCGUCGGUGAAAUUAUAUAUUGUACAUUGCGUCAAAUGUCACUUGUUGGAUCAUAAAUACAUUACGAGAUGAUUGACGAAGAAGUAAUACGUCAGCGGCUGCUCAUAGAUGGUGAUGGUACGGGAGACGAUCGUAGGAUUAAUAUGUUAUUGAAGUCAUUCAUAAAAUGGAUCAACAAUCCCGACGUGGACAACACGCUGCACGAAAGAAUGCUGUCGCAGUUGGCGCAGUGCGAAUUUGCCCAGAAAAAAUCCAGAAUAGUCUCGAGUAUGAGUCGAGAAGAGCUGGAGAGUUAUGAAAAACAGUCUAAAGAAAUUGAGGUGCAAAUCGAGGAGGCCAAGAAGGAGAUAGAGACGACUAAAGCAGAACUGCAGGAUGCCAAACGUGUUAGGAAAAAUAGGAUAGAAUAUGAUGUGUUAGCCAAAGUGAUCAGUGAGCAGCCAGACAGAUUGGAAACUGAUGUCAAGCUGGCUACAUUGAGAGAAGAGUUAGGCAGUUUAAAGGUUAGAUAUAAGAUUUUUAAUUUCAUUUUACUAAACAGAGCAUGUAUCGAGUUAUCCAUGAAGAACCAAAUGGCUGACAAAAGCAUCAAAGAAAUUUAUCAGUUUCUUGUGGAUCAUAAUUUUGAGAGUACGGCUGAGAGUUUGGUUCAAGAGGCAUCAAAAAUAGGUUUUCAGAAUUUUGAAUAUAAGUUAAAAGACUUUAUGGAUCCACAUGCUCAAUUAAUAUUAUGCUACAAUGUUGGAAAUUAUUCAACAUUUUUUCAAUUAUGGAAUGACGUGUUCUCUGACAGCACUAAGCAAUGUAAAGAAUAUAAGAAAUUAACAUUUUAUUUACAUGUAUAUUUUGCUAUAUUACCUAUAUGUAAAUUAUAUGCAUGUGAAUAUAAAGAACAUGGAUCGGAAAUAAGUACUCUGAGAUUGUCUUCAACAGAUCUUGUUUUGGAAAACCAUAAGAAGAACAGUGGAACCGAAAUCGAAAAAAAUAUAAAUAACAACAUGAAACAGCUGCAAGAUUACUUGAAUGGAGAUGGCAAGGAAUUAGAAUAUGACAUGGAAUUUCAACCGUUUUAUACACUACCGUUCACAAAGGAUCUUCAUGCAAAUACUCUUUUCUCCAAAAUGUUAGAACCACAUUGGUUGGAUGAGCUAUCCAAGAAUCUAGAUUUAUUUAUCACAGAUCAUAGACAAGAUUUAGAUGAUUUAAGUAAUAUGAGCUACAAUAAGAUACAAUCACAGAAUGCAGAGUCGGCGCAAAGUAAAACUACAAAAGAUAACAUCCCAAUUAUAACAAACGACAGAGAUAUACCCAUAUUUUUCGAGAACAAUGACGAGGAGCAAUACGGUUUUGGUCACAAAAUCAAUCGUAGUUUAAAAUCAAGUGGUACGCAAACGCGCAUCAUCGGAGAUCAAAUUAAAUUUGAUAAUUCGCAAGAAUAUAAAUCCGAUGUGGGAGAAAGCGUCGAUAGUUUACCACGGAUGCACAAACAAGACAGAAGAUUGAUCCAAUGCAAUCAGGAAUUAACAUUGACUAAAGACCACUUAUACAAUAUUCAUGCGAAUUAUGAGAAGCUAAAGUCAAAAUUUCAUAAGCUGCACGUGGACUAUAAUAAACUGAUAAAUAUCGCCAGGGAAUUGACAAUCGCGCUGGAGAAUUCGUUGAAAGGCCAGACCGUCGAUGUGGAACAAACUCUCGAGAUUUGCACAAACAUUUGUCCGGAUUUAUUCAAUAAAAAUAUAAAAGAUAUUUCCUACACAUCCUUGCUGCAACGCAGACACAGUGAUCGCCUGUACAACAGAGAACCGCCUAGACUUGACAUCACAACCACACCGGUACUUACCAAAUUAUUGGACUUCAAAAAGAUCAAGUUACACUUAGUCAACGGGGAUGUCAAAACGAAGUUGUUGCUGUUACAAGCGUUGCGUUGGAAAGUAACAACUACACAGUCGACAGAACGCAACGAGGUGCUGCACGAGUACAUGAGCCACGAUUUGCUGGGGCUUCAUGGACAAAUUGCUAGCGACAGCAACAAGCCACUUCUGCCGUGUCUGCUGACCGCGGGAGAGGCUUACGCCAGGCAUCUCUUGCAACAAUUCAUCGCACGAUUGCUAAACACUCUGGCAUCUUUUAGAUACGGAAGAGACUACCUGUCAGUCGGCUCCAUUGUCGUAAAUGUGACGUUUGAUUGUCUCAAUAAUGCUGACGGAGUGGACUCUUUUGCGUGCGACAUGUUGGUAGCGAUGUUACAAAAGUUGUCUUUACGCAGACAACAACGGAUAUAUAUGAUAGAAAGCGGAUUAUUGGAAUGGCUGAUCGGUCACCUACACGACAAUUGUCGCGUCAUGAAUUUAUACAGACUCGAGUAUGCCACCGCGCUUUUAAUGAACUUGUCGUUACAUCGUUUAGCUCACGCCAGGGCGGCGAAAAUCUCCUCGUUGUUGAUGUCUACUUUACUCAUCCUCCUCUCGAUAGAUCACACGUCUUCACUGCAGUAUAUCAAUGAAACAUUAAACAAUUUUUUGAGCAAUCCUGUUAUCAAUGAGGAAGCGAGGAAAAUGAAGCGUUCGAAUAUGUCGGAUUAUAUUGAUGGCAACCUGAAAACUGUAGAAAUAAGAAAGCAUCUGGAUCAUAUAUUAAAGAUGCAGAGACGUGAAAAUGUUAAUACACCGCAAAAUGAGGAAACUGCGGAUGAUGAUAACGAAGAGCGGGAUAUAUUGGAAAGCGAGUUAGAUGAGAAUGAUCCGCUGAAAAAUUGCAUCGGCGAAUUGAACGGAGAGACAUUGCUUGAGAUGUGUUACAGCAUUUCCGCGAGCGUCCCCGAGGAUAUAACAAUCGAUACGACCCUAAAGAAAAUAUUUACAUUAAAUUCUAUGAAUUUUUACAAUGAUCAACAAAAUAAUCAUUUAUAUACUGGUCGCCCAUCACAUCCUAUGCUAAGAGAUAGCAGUGAAACUGUGGUGACAUCUUCCAUGACCCUUGCAUCCGGUCGCGAAAACAGCCAAGCAACUGAAGUGGAGAAAUUCAGCAGCAUAGCGUCACUGAAUGCUAAUAACUACGAUAGCAAUGUAGUUAACGAUAUUUCAUGGAAAAGUGACUUAGAACUCGCUAAAGAAGAAGACGCAUUUCUGGCCAAGCCUAAAAUAUCGAGAACACCUCCGUGAGCAUGAAUAUCGAAGAUUCUAAAUAACAAG